AUGGUCGUGGACUACAUUUCACGUUAUAUCGAAAUAACCAGACUUGUGUCAACUACGUCACAAGCUAUCAUCAAACAUUUGAAGUCAAUGUUUGCGCGACACGGGAUCCCAGAAGUGUUGGUGUCUGACAAUGGACUACAAUAUGCCAGCGCAGUAAUUCAGAAGUUUUCAUAUGAGAACGGCUUUCUACAUAGUACGAGUAGCCCCCACUACCCCCAAGGCAACGGGGAAACAGAAAGAGGUGUGCAGACUGUUGAAAGACGUCUGCAGAAUUCGUCCGACCCAUAUUUAGCAUUAUUAGCGUAUUUGCAUGCUUCUCUACUGCGAAACGGAUGCAGUCCUGCAGAACAGUCGAUAGAGCGGAAAAUUAGGACGACAAACCUUACUCCACGGGGGCCAGACCUUGAGAAGGUCAAACUAAAGGAGGAAAUGAACAAAGCUAUACAAAAAGAUAUUUUGACAUCUCCCACCGCGUGUUGA